GGGCGCAGCCUUUCAAAUAUUUCCUUCUCGCGUGUCAAAAUGGCGAAAAAGAAAUUGGACGAUAAAAAUAAUCAGAACGAUGAUAAUACGAAAAAUGAAGGUGACUUAUCCAACGAUGAAGAGCCAAACUUUAGUGAUCCUGAGGGAUUCGUUGACGACAUCUCCGAUGAAGAACUACUCGGAGAUAUCCUGAAACAGAAACCUAAGGAGACUGACGGCGUCGAAAGUGUCAUAGUAGUGGAUGGAGUGCCCCAGGUAGGCCCCAACCGCAUAGAAAAAUUAAAAUCGGUUUUAAAUAAAAUCUUCGCAAAGUUUGGGAACAUAGUUAACGAGUUCUAUCCCGUCAAUGCCGAGGGGCACACGAAAGGUUAUAUUUUUAUAGAGUACUCCUCACCCGUACACGCUUCCCAAGCAGUAGCAUUAUCCAAUAACUUUAAGCUAGAUAAGCAGCAUACCUUCCUGGUGAAUCUGUUCACCGACUUUGCGAAGUACGAACAAAUCCCUAACAAGUGGGAUCCGCCGGAGCCCCAGCCGUAUCAGGGACAAGCCGAUUUACAUUAUUACUUGUUAGAACCGGACGCGUACGAUCAAUUCGCUGUUGUCACGGCACAGGGGCAGUCCGUUCAGAUAUGGCAGAAUACUCAGCCUGACCCAUCGUUGGUGGAGGACAGAGCGAAUUGGUCUCAAACGUACAUAAAGUGGUCACCCCUGGGUACAUAUUUGUCCACUUUCCAUAAAUUGGGUAUAGCCUUGUGGGCGGGUCCAAACUUUUCCCAGUACAAACGGUUUGCUCACCCCGGGGUACAGUUUAUCGACUUUUCACCUUGCGAAAAAUACCUGGUGACCUAUUCGCCGCAGGGCGAUCCGCAUAACGCUGAACAAAAACGUAUCAUCAUCUGGGACAUAAGAACUGGCUUGGAAAAGCGCUCGUUCAACCCCGAGGGCCCGUCAGCCUGGCCCAUCUUCCGCUGGUCGCACGACGACAAGUACUUCGCCAGGAUCGGUCAGAACAACGACGCUCUGCAGGUCUACGAGACGCCCUCGUUCGGACUACUCGACAAAAAAUCCAUCAAAGUAAACGGUAUCCGCGAUUUCAACUGGUCCCCCACCGAUAACGUUGUUGCCUACUGGGUGGCGGAAGACAAAGACGUACCCGCUAGCGUGACAUUACAAGAAUUACCCAACAGGAACGAGAUAAGAAAGAAGAACUUAUUCAACGUGGCCGACUGUAAGAUCCACUGGCAGAAAUCCGGCGACUACCUGUGCGUCAAAGUCGACAGGUACUCGAAGGUUCGGAAGGAAAAAAGCGAGAUUAAGUACUCGGGAAUGUACUGCAACUUCGAGAUCUUCCACAUGAGGGAGAAGCAGAUCCCGGUCGACAGCGUCGAGUGCAAGGAGCCCAUCCAGGCCUUCGCCUGGGAACCGGUCGGCUCCAAGUUCGCCAUGAUCCACGGCGAGUCGCCCAACAUCAAUGUCAGCUUCUAUGAGGUCAGGAUGGGUCAGGCGCCGAUCCUCCUGAAGAAGUUCGAGAAGCGAGCCUGCAACCACCUCUUCUGGUCGCCGGGCGGGCAGUUCAUCGUCCUGGCCGGGCUGGGGACCAACGGCGGCGGUUCUCUGGAGUUCGUCGACACUCACGAAUUUCUGGUUAUGAACACGACGGACCACUUCCAGAUGUCCGAUGUCGAGUGGGAUCCGACGGGACGGUACGUUGUGACCGGCGUGUCGUUCUGGAAGACCAAGGUGGACACGGGAUACUGGAUCUGGUCGUUCCAAGGCAAGAUCCUCAAGCGGAUCAACCUGGAGAAGUUCGCGCAGAUCCUGUGGCGGCCCAGGCCGCCGAUUCUGCUCAGCGACGAGAAGCAGAAGGAGAUCAAGAAGAACCUCAAGAAGUACUACCCGCAGUUCGAGAGCAAGGACCGCAUGAGGCAGUCCAAGGCGUCCAAGGAGCUGAUAGAGAAGAGGGCGGCGCUCAUGGACAAGUUCCAGAUGUACAGGGAGGAGAAGGUCAAGCAGUACCUGUCGAAUAAAUCGAGACGUAUGGCGUUGAGGAAUAAUAUCGAUACCGACGAACUAGAUGCAGAUACCGAGAACGUAGAGGAGGAGAUCGUAGAAUUCUUUAUCAAAGAGGAGAUCACGGUACUCGACUAAAAUAUUCAGGGAUAUUCGUGUUUUUUCCCGUACACGUCCGCAAGCGACGUGCGCUGGAGGUUAACUGUAAAGUAAAUCUUAACAAAUCCAAACCUUUUAAUUUUUUUGUCUUAAAAAUCAGAGUUUUUUUUUUGUUGUAUUGUAAUAUAUAUUUUUUGUAUUAGGGGACUUUUCGCCGUUGACUCAGAAGUUUUAUAUUUAUUUAGUUUCCGUCGGAAUGUACUUUAGUUGUAUUGUCAAAUAUCCUUUGGUUCAUAGAAUAAUAAAUUUCAUACAAUAUC